AUGGCAGUACAAGCAACUACUAUUGAAACAGUUACUGUAGUGAGGCCUCUCAAGGUGAUAGCUUUGGUGUGUCUAUUGAUUGCAUUCUUUCUCCUCAUAUUGUGUUUGUCGACGACAUGGUGGCUUCGAUCAGGUGGAUUCCGAACAGGUUUAUGGCUUGAAUGCACAGCAUCUGAUCAAGCACAGUGGACAAUAGCCGGUGGUCCACCGCCUGGAAGGUGCCAGAGAAUACAUCGACAUGCGGCCUAUAUCAAGUUGGUGGCAGCAUUUUUAAUCACUGCAGCGGUAUUAACAUUUUUCGCGUUCUUCCUUAAUGUAUUCGGUUUGCGAGCGCAAGAUUUGCAUAGGAAAUAUGUUUUCUAUAAAUUUGCCACUUAUCUUUCUUUAUUGGGAGUAUUCCUACAGCUCGUAUCUUUAAUCGUGUUUCCUGUUUGUUUUUACGUUGAAAUGAAGAAUUUCGGUUAUCGAAACUGGGAAUUCGAUUGGUCCUACGGUGUCGCCUGGGGUGCAACACUGUUUGCUUUCGGCGCAUCACUGUUGUUGAUAUGUGAUAAAGAACAUGAAGAAGUAUAUUUCAAGGAAAAAACAAUAUAUAAUCCGCCACCGGAGCUGAAGUAG